UUUUGAUGAUGGCAUCUUUGUUUACAUCAUAAAUUAAUUCCCCUUAAUGGAGAUUCGAGUUCAUUCCCUUGGAUUGACAAGUUUGGCGCAUUCGUACAAUAGAGAGGUGUUGUUCGUCAGAAAAUGGCCCGGCUGUGACAGACAUAGAAUAGAUUCGUUUGGAAAUGGUGAAAACAAGGCAUAAUCAGGAAGCUGACGACGAAACAGAGGGCUGUUUCCUGUCCUUGAAUGAGCGAAGAAAUGCAAAGCACAGAGCGAUUGCACAAAGUAGUCAGGAUGACAGUGAUGAUAGUGGGGUGAUAAAUUUCCGUAGACCUAGCCAACAGAUAGAAGAUGAGCAGUUCCCAAAACGCAGUUCAAGAGCUGCUGCUAAAAGAGUGACUUACGUAGAAGAUUAUGUGAAUGAAGAUACAGAUAGUGACAUAGAUUUUCACAGACAAACCAGGCAUGGUCGUCAUAACGUCACUUUAAAACCUGAAGUUGAUGAAGAUGAUGAUGGUGAUGAUGAUGAUGAUGGGGAGGAUAAUGAUGUUGACAGGAGACCACCAAGGGGACGUGGAAGGGUACAGGGAAUAAAACGAUCACCAGGUCGUCCUCGCAGGACAAGAAGAAAUUCAGAUUACCUUGUUGCACAUCCGAGUCCAAAGCAAGUCAAGAUGGAGCAUUUAGCUGAGUUAGAUGACAGUAGAACAAGGCGUAGCUCUCGUACACGUAGAGUAAUGUACGAUAGUUAUGAUAAUAAGAUGUUAGAGAACAGUUACGAAGAAGAGCCAAUGAAGAAAAGGCGAAGACGUGAAGUUGUUAAUGAGGAGAGUCAGGAUAAUGAUAAUGAUGGUUACACAGAUAUUUAUAGUCGUGUGAAACGUCAACGCAAGGUAGUCAAGCGUGACAUGUACGGUAUGCCUAUAGAGACAGACAAUGAAGAAGUUGAUGACCAAGAAGAGGAUGAUGAAGUGGAAGAUAGUUCUGAUGAUGGAGAUGAUAAUGGUGAAAACAAUGAUGAAAAUGAAGAUGAUAAUGAUGAUGAUGACGAUGAUGAUGAGAAUGAAUCAGAGGAAAAAAAGACGAGAAGAUCUUACAAUUUGCGUGAAAACAAACCACGGACACAACACUACAUAGCACCAAUUCAAGAAAGGAGGCAACGUGUUCCAACUCGGUUUUUCAGUGAUGAGGUACCAGCACCUCAUUCACCACAAAGGAGACGCCGGACUAGGCCAGACAAAAUGACUUACAUGUCACCAGCUAGAAGAAGAAGAGGUCCUAUUAAUAGACGACGUCGAGCAUUCCAUGGUUCUAGUUCCACAUCAUCAUCAUCAAGUGAUUCCAGCAGCAGUGAUGAGGAAAGAUUCCAGAGAAGGAAGGCGAAGAGUAUGCUCAAAGCCAGACAAAGAUGUUUACCGAUGAAUUUUGAUCCUGAUGACAUUUCAAGGUCAACAUUGCUGAAAGAUCGUCAAAAGAUUGGCUCUAGUCUGGCUGAUGUGGAUCCAAUGAACAUAGAUAAAUCAGUAACAUUCAACAGUGUUGGAGGGUUAGGUAAACAUAUUCGGGCUUUGAAGGAGAUGGUCGUGUUCCCAUUGUUAUAUCCCGAAAUAUUUGACCGCUUCAAGAUAUCUCCACCUAGAGGUGUACUGUUCUACGGACCUCCAGGGACAGGUAAAACGUUGGUAGCUCGAGCACUGGCAAAUGAAUGUAGUAGUGAUGAUAGAAGAGUGGCAUUUUACAUGAGAAAAGGUGCAGAUUGUCUGAGUAAAUGGGUCGGAGAGUCAGAGAGACAGCUUAGGUUACUGUUUGAUCAGGCAUACCAGACACGACCGUCAAUUAUAUUUUUUGAUGAGAUAGAUGGAUUAGCACCAGUUAGAUCGAGUAGACAGGACCAGAUUCACAGCUCUAUUGUCUCGACACUGCUAGCACUGAUGGAUGGGUUAGAUAGUAGAGGAGAGAUUGUUGUUAUAGGGGCCACAAACCGACUCGACUCCAUUGAUCCAGCUUUAAGAAGACCAGGAAGAUUUGAUAGAGAAUUUCUCUUUCCUUUACCUUCGAUACAGGCUAGAAGGCAGAUUUUAAAGAUUAAUACAAAAGAGUGGAAUCCAAAACUAUGUGAGAAAUUUCUGUAUGAAGUUGCAGAAAAAUGUACAGGAUAUUGUGGUGCUGAUAUGAAAGCAUUAUGUACAGAGGUGGCAUUGCUUGCAUUAAGGAGAAGGUAUCCACAGAUCUACACAUCCUCAGAAAAACUGCAGAUUGAUGUUACUUCAAUUUACAUCAAUGCUAAAGAUUUCCAUAAUGCUAUGAAAUCUAUUGUGCCGGCAUCACAGCGAUCUGUGACUUCACCAGCUAGGUCUUUGUCAGUCAAGAUUCUCCCAUUGUUACUGAACUUAUAUCAACAGACUCUUAAACAGUUGAACAGAAUCUUUCCAUCAAUUCUAACUCAGUUGUCAAAUCUUGAUGCUCAAGUCACAGAGAAAUCUGACAAUACAGUAGAUGUUGAGGGAGAAUUGUGCAGCGAUGAUGAUGAGAGGGAUGUAAACAUUUAUGAACACAAGGUAGAUAAGAGAAGGAAAAAUUCAAACAUUCCAGAACUACCAGAAACCUUCCUCAAUUUUACCAGCUAUGCAUAUCGUCAUCCUAGUACACAUCGACCACGUGUUUUACUAUCAGGGAGAAAUGAUCAGGGACAAUCUUCAUAUCUAGCUCCUGCCAUAAUACAUCAUCUAGAGCAGUUACCUGUUCACACAUUAGAUCUCUCUACAUUAUAUGCUGUAGAGGCUCGCACACCUGAAGAAUCUUGUGCUCAUAUAUUUCGUGAAGCAAAACGUUCAUCUCCCAGUAUUAUAUAUAUGCCACAUGUGAAUCAUUGGUGGAGUGUUGUCUCGGACACUGUGAAAGCUUCAGUGUUGACCUUGAUACGUGACCUCGACCCCUCAAUACCUGUCUUACUACUAGCUACCAGUGAGGAAGAUUAUAGUCAUCUAGACUUUGAUCUUCAAGACUUGUUUGAUGAACAUUAUGGGGAAGUUGUUACGAUGAGAAACCCAAAGGAAGAAGAGAGGAGGGACUUCUUCAAAGAUCUCUUGUUAAACCAGGCUACAAAACCACCUGUUCAGAGGAAAGUUGCAGCUCAGAGAUUAUUAGAAGUUCUUCCAAAAGCACCACCUCCAGAACCUAGAAAAUUGACGGAACAAGAGCUGAAAAAAUUGCACGAACAUGAGGAAGCAACUCUGACAGAACUUCGUCUUUUCCUCAGGGAUACACUCAACAAGCUAGGCAGAGAUAGGAAAUUCUUCAUCUUCACUAAACCAGUUGAUAUUGAAGAUGUACCAGACUACUAUGACAUCAUUAAGAAACCAAUGGACUUGUCAACAAUGAUGUCUAAGAUAGAUCUUCAUCAUUACCAGUCAGUAAAGGAAUUCCUAGCCGAUAUUGAACAAAUCUGCAUGAACGCUUUGGAAUAUAAUCCAGAUAAAGAUCCCCAAAGUAGAGUAAUAAGACAUAGGGCGUGUGCACUGAAAGAUACAGCAUAUGCUAUCAUUAAAACAGAAUUAGACAAAGAUUUUGAGAAAAUAUGUGAAAGUAUUGUAGAAUCUAGAAAAGUGAGGGGUGAAGAAGGAACAAAGACAGCACCAUCUUUUUACCACACAAAACCUCUCAAUGUUGGGCCAAUGCAUCCUCUUGCCAUCACUAAACAAUCUACCUCGAAUAAUAACACUCCAAGGGACCUAAAUGUCAGGACUAGUCGACGACUGCAGGGAGCUGAAGCAGAUAACGGCCCUUCAUUGGAAGAUGUAGAAAAAUCUGCACGGGCCUUGAAGCGUCUCCAGAAGUCUCCGUCAAAGGAGCAGGAGGACAACGCAACACCUCAGGGACAACUCAAAAAGAAUACUCCAACAUCCAGAGACAGCUCAGGUUUAAAGCCAUCUAGAUGUUCAACUUCAGGGAAUAAAAAUUACUCUAGCUCAAAAUCAUCUUCCGCCAAAAAGCCAGUGAAGAAAGAUAUCUGGGGAAGUAAAAGUUAUAGGUCUAGAAAGAGAAGAUAUAAGAGAAAGCGGUUGGAUAGUGAUGAUGACGAUUUUAAGGAGUUACCUGAUGAUGACAAUGAUGUUGAUGAAGAUGUGGACAGUGUUGGUGAGGAGAAUGAUGAAGAAAUGGAUGUUGAAGAGGAGAUGGCACCUGAUGGGACAGUGCAUGUCUCACCAAGACGGGAAACUAAGAAUUCACCGAGGAGAAGUUCUACAGAUAAAUCUGCUGAAAACAAAUCACCGCAUAGAGAGCCCAUAACUAGUUGUUUAAGUGUUGAUGUUCAUAUGAAGUCACCAAAAGAAAGUGCAAAAUCUCCUAAUCAAAGAUCACCGAGAGGUGAAAGUCAAAAGUCACCUCGCUCAAGUUCUAGAUCUCAGAAUGAAUCUCCUAGUAGAUCACGUUCCCCUCGUUCAGAUCCUGGUUACAUGACUCAGAGACACACAUCAGGUGGUCGGGUAUCAAGAUCUCAUGAUGGACAGAAUGUAUCAGCUCCUGAUACAGAACAAAAAUCCCCUAGAAACAUUGUAAACUCUCCCGAUAAAAUGCCCAAGCAAAUUUCUCCAACUAAAGUGGUAGACAGUCAGGAAUCAUCAUCUGUUAGCAUUUCUGAGAAACAAGUGCCUUCAUCAAUAGAUAAAGACAAGGUGAAAUCUUUGUUAAAUGGUUUUGUAGAUAGUGGAGUAGGUAGUUCUGACAAUGGAGACUCUAAUGACAGUGUUGGUAAACUUACAACGUCAUCAGAUAACAGUGACAAGGUCACAACAAUUAACAAUACUGCCCAGGGAACAUCAGAACAAAAUAAUCAGAGCAAUCUAGAUGGAAAUUCCCCAGAGAAAGAAACAUCCCCUAUUGUCCAUGUAACAAGAUCUCGUGUACAAACAAGAGCUCAAGAAAAGGCUGUUGAAGUUAUAAAUGAGUUAAAGCAACCAUUAGUUAUAGAUAGGGAGCGUCUUGUUAGACUUCUAGAUCUCACCGUUCUGUUGACGGAGGACUAUAUUAUUCCACGGUUGGAGAAACUGUACACACUGUUUGCUCAAUGUGUCUAUGAGCACAGACAAGAUUAUAAUAAGACUGCUUUGAUAGAGAGUAUGGAAGCUCGCCUUAAACAGUACACAUCGAGUAUUGCGGCUAAGAUAAAGGCAGAACAAUCAAGAACAGUAACAUCAUAGCAGAUGUUUUAGACACACUCAAAAAAUCAAGUCAAAAAUUAAUUAUAUAUACAUACAUAUUUAUUAAAUAUAUUUAUUGAUUUAUAAUUUUAAGUGAAAUCAUGUGUUGAUUCUUUAAAUUAAAUUCUUAUUUAUUUAUAUUAAUAAUGGAUUGUAACACUUUGUUACCAUGAAAUCUAACAAUCCAUUUUGUAAGUUAAGAAAAAUUGUACAGGAUAGUUUAAUUUCUCUUUUCAUUUUUAAUAUGCAAGUUAUACAAGUUUGGUUUAGUUCUCUCUUAAGUUACCUGCUGAAUAUGUACACAGUCUCUAUUACUUCUUAGAUGUUGAAUGGCUUUAUGUUAGCGACUAAGAUGUUAAGACAUUUGCUGAUCUUAACCUGCUGAAAUUUUGUAAUGCAAUUUCUCUGCUUUGAAUUUAGAGCAGUCUAUUCAAUAUUUUUAGGGAUUUUAUGCCAAAAUGCAAAAUACUGGUGGCAAAGGCUUAUCACUUUGUGUCCAUGUUUAGAGCUAACAGUAAUUUAUACUGAUGAAGCUGCUUUUGUCAGAUUUUUUUAUAACAUAGAACAAGAGUACAUAGUUUAUUUGUGUUAAUGCUAGAUUUAUAUUUGAGGACAGAAAAUCUACUUUUGUUUAUGUAGAGUGCAGAACUGAGUCACCUAUUUUGUCAGAGUAAAUUGUAAGCAUAACUAAGCAAGAUUCCAUAAGAAAAUAAGAGUGAUGGCCUUUUAUACUGUAAACUCAAUUUUUUUACAAAGUACAUGUAUUUCAAAUUACUUGUAUGAUUUAUGUGUCACAGUGACCCGCCAAGUCAUGUAACUUAACUGGACUUAGCAUAUCUUAACUAGGUUAACCAGUUUACCCCAAAUUUUAUGUCUCUGGGAAAAAAAAUAUCUUUAAUAACAGGAAACAAUAUUUUUUUACUGAUUGUCUUAACCUGCUGAAUUAUGUAUGAUAAUGAAAUUGCCCUGCAUUGAAUUUAGGAGAGUCCAUUUAAGAUUUAAGGGAUUUCAGUAAUAAAAGUUAAACAUCUAGUUACUAACAGUAUUUGACCCUUAUCAGACUCCAUGGAUGCGCAUUCUGGCCUGGCUCUAUACUGGUGGUAAAUGCUUAUUUAAUUUCAGUUCCAGUAGGUUAAGGGCUAAGUGAAUUGAUAAAUGCUCAAAAUUCGGCCAGUGAGUGAGACGUACACUGUCAAUUAUUUUGAUACAAGUAUAUUUGAAAUAGUCAUUAUUUGACCAUCUCAGGAAUUUUGAUUAAUGUAUUAACCAACACUGACAUGACGGGACUGGAAAUAGGAUUUUUUGAGAUUAAUGUUCCAUUUAGAUAUAGGUCUAGACCAAUAACUUACGUGCUAAAUUUCAGAUCAUUUGCUCACUCCGUUUUUCUAGAAUAAUUAUUCUAAAUGUGGAAAAUGACCCAAAAUUGAGCUUUUCACUCAAAAUUGUGGUGAAAAUAACACAAAAAUAUGAUUUUCAAUUUAUUUUUAGUAUAUUUUUUUUAUUAUCUUUUGUACAUCUUUCUGUUUUAAGUGUUCAUGGUGAUAUUUGUUAGCAAUUCAAAUAAUAUAUUUUAAGGCUUUGGACCUCAAUGGAGUUCCUUUAAAUAAAAGUGUAUAUUUUGAAUUUUUCGUAUGUGCAAUUUAAAGAAAAAAGUCAAAAUUCCUAUUGUAUGUAAUUGGUAUUAAUAUCAUUGUGAUUUAUACUACUCUUUGACAUGCUUUAUUUUUUUACUAAAUUUGAGGAAGUUCAGUUCAUUAUACAAUGUUGACCUUUAUUUAUAGAUUUUGUCAAAAAGUGUUGAUUUUAUAAGUGAUAGUGCACUACUCGUCUAAACUCGUCUAACCAUAAUAUGCUGCUGAGAUAGAAUUCUGUGAAACAACUAAACAUCUAAAUAUAUUCAAAAAUGAUUAAACGGUAACAUGAUGAUCUAGUUUUACACGUUAUUUUGCAAACUUAAAUUUGGUUAUUAUUAUAAAUGAUAAACUAACAAUGAAAUUUAUUCUCAAGUAAUUAAUUAUAAAUGGGGGAUGUCUAUUUAUUGAAGUAUCCAUUGCAUGUAUGUACAAAAGUUAUUCAAUGAAGGACUUUCAUAACUAUUUAGUUGUUUUAUUUUAAUAUUAUACAUGAAAGGUUUUGUAUUGAUUCUUUUACAUUUAUUAGUAUUUUGAACAAUUUAUUUUGAUAAUAACCCAGCACAAGCAACCAUUUAAAAUAAAUAAACCUCACUAAUACAGACAACUACUCAACAAACAAACAAAAAUGCCACACUCCUGUAUAUACAGUAGUUGAUCUUGCAAAUUUGCUAUUUCAUAAAGACUCCAAUUAAAUGAGACUAAUAAAAUGUUCGGACAUGUUGCAUUAUAACACAUUUGGGACUAGUUUUAGAUUGUUUUUAUCAUUGGGAUAAUAUAAAUAAAUAAUUUGCAUUUACAGAAAAACAUUUUGAAUUUAGGAAACUGUUGUGAAUUUUUGUUAAGCUUUUGUUGUGGUAGUAUUUGAUAAUUCAGUAGAGUUAGUAUAAUCAAGUGUAGUGAUUGUAAGAGUUGUAGGUCAUAGACUGUGAAGUGCUUUGAUUCUGUUUUUGAUACAAAUAUUUAUGUUAUACUAGAUACAAUUACGUAACUUUACAGUGUCUGCAACACUAAAAAACAUGAAGGCAAUAUAUUUUCAGAUUUUUUUUAUUACUAAGCGAGAUAUCCCUUAUUUUCAUAGAUUCUUUUCAAUAAAUUUCUUUUGAUAAUGAAAGGCAAUGAAAUGCUAAUGUUGACAUUUGUUGACCAUUACAAUGUGUUCAUUUUAGCUAUUAGCUGUUUAAACAUAAAGUGUGUUUUUUUGGUCCUUAAUGAAAUAUGUACAAACAAAAGUUGAUCAAAUGUUUUGUUGUGUCUAUGUUAUACAGUAUUGUCUGAUAUAUAUUUGUUAAUAAUGUGUAGAUGUUGAAUAGUAUAUACAAGUACAUGUAUGUAUAUUUGGGUGAUUUUGAAAAAAAUUACUUUUUAACUCCUUUUGACAAAUAUUGAUUGCUCUUAUAGCUUUUGUGAUCGCCAAUGUCCACCAUCAUCAUUGGCUGUUUAUUGAAUUAAUUCUUUUUCUCAUACCACUUUGUAGUUUUUUACCAAACAGCACAGGAAAUUAUAUCUCUUAUAGGAAACUACAUGUAUAAUUAUGGCAAAGUAUUUUGCUGUUUGUCAUGCAACAUUGCCUUGUUGUACUCUGCAUAACUAAUACAAAAUUAUAUCCCUGAGGUCAUUUUCAUCGACUUGAUCCACUGUUACUUCUUGAGAUCUAAUUUAUAUGCUUAUCUUUUUUUCUCAGGUAAGCGAUUAUAGUUCCACUUGUGUCUCUUGUUUUACAGAGUAAGUGGUGAUGAUAUGUUGAAAUAUAUACUUGUUGAAUUCUACUCUACAUAUUCUGUUAAGAUGAAGGUAUAUAAAUAAUAAAAAAUUGUCUAUUUUUCAUCAUGAGUAUUGUUGAUUAUGUUUAGACAAUAAGUACAUGUUUUUGUUGUCCUGGAUACCUGGGAAAUGCAUUUUGUUACUAUACUAUGUUUAUAUUUUCUGUUAUUUAUUGAUGUUCAUAACUAGUAAUGUUCAGGUAAUGUAUUCCUUUUCUGUCAUGUAUAUUAUUUUCUCUUUUCUUUUGGUCAACAUGAAUUUGAUAUUUGGAAAAUUUGCUGUUCUGUUGUUUAAUGACAGAAUAAACUAAAUGAAAUGCUU